CUCUGUCCGUCAAGUUUUCCCGUCCAUACGGUCUCAAGGGAGAUCCUCGCCGGCGGAUCGCGGCGCAAUUCGACAGAUCAUGGAAAAGAUACAGCCCUCAGAGCACCUCGAGGGGGGCCUCGAAGUGGGAAAGCCGUCCGAGAGCGCCGGAGCGGAAUUCGACUACGAGCGGAGCAAGCGCCUCAACCGACGGCUCGAUGCCCGCAUCAUCCCGCUAUGUUGCUGGCUGUACCUGCUCAACUUCCUCGACAGAGGCAACAUCGGGAACGCGAGGGUGCUCAACAAGGAGACCGGCGACGACCUGCUCGCCAAGACGGGGAUGACUUCCAACGGGUACGCGCUCACCGUCACCCUCUUCUCCGUCGCGUACGCCGUCUUCGAAGUGCCCUCAAAUUGGAUCAUGAAGCAUUACGUGCGCCCCUCCGUCUGGCUGGCCUUCCUGCUGGGCUGCUGGGGCGUCUUGACCCUUGGAUUUGCCGGGGUCCAGAACUUUGCUACGGUGCUGGCGUUACGUCUGUUCAUCGGUCUGUUUGAAGCAGGCUUCUUUCCUGGCAUCGUGUAUCUCAUCACGAUCUGGUACCGCCACAACGAGCGAGCGGUCAGGAUUGCUUUGGUUGUCGCGUUCUGCAACCUUGCCGGUGCAUUUGGGGGCGCUGUCGCCUACGGAAUUGGGCACGCCAACCGUGCAUCCGGGCUUGAGGGGUUCCGAUGGCUGUUCAUAGUGGAGGGCAUCAUCACUAUCGCCAGCGUGAUACCAACCCUCUUUAUCCUGCCCGACUACCCGGCUCGGGCCAAGUUUCUCAGCGCCUCUGAGAAGAGUUUCGCAGAGGACCGGCUCAAGGAACGCGGAGGCGGGUAUAACAGGGAACAUGCCACGCGCAAAGAGCUUACGGAGACUUUCCUCAAUCCCCGAAUGCUUGCCCAUUACUGUGCCUAUAUUGCCAACGUGGUCACGCAAGGGUCAUUCACCUUCUUCGCGCCAACCAUCGUCACUGGCCUCGGCUACGAGUCGAUCCAUGCUCAGCUGUUGACCGUUCCUCCCUGGGUGGUCGGCUUUGUAGUAGCCAUCGCAUUGUCCUACUCAGCCGACCACUUCAACGCGCGAGGUCUGCACAUCACCGUGAUCUCUAUCGUCGGCGGCCUCGGGUGGCUGACGGCAGGCCUGCUGCCGCCGACCUCGUACGUGCAGCGUUACGGCUGCCUCUGCAUGGCCGCGGCCGGCGCGUUCCCCGCCGCGCCGUCCAUGACCAACUGGGUGACGUGCAACACGCCCAGCCUGCUCACGAUCCCCUUCGCCAUCGCCCUGCACAACUCCUGCGCCGGCAUCGGCCAGAUCAUCGCCCAGUGGAUCUGGAAGGCCGACGAGGUCACCCAGGGCUACCCCACGGGCAACUUCGUCUGCGCCGCCUGCAACUUCUUCGUCGCCAUCGUGGCCCUUUGUCUUAGGCUCUGGUACGGCAGGAUGAAUAAGAAGGGCGAGCGCGAUGCGCGCGGGGAGGAGAGAGUCUGGUCGUAUUAAAUGAAGAUCGAAACCAAGGCGACGCUAGAACUAAGGGACUGGUUACUCUAUGCUUUAAGGCUUUAGGGAGGGGAGAAAAUAAAACACUUUGCCCUCGGCACGUCUCCACAUAGCAAAGGGGAAACGACUAGGACCUAGGUAUACCCGGCAGAAGCUCUUUGUAUUUGGCGAUAACCAGAUUAUAACGAGGGGAACCCGAAGGCACCUACCAGGAGCCGAAGCUAUUAGGCAUACCUAUAUUUCACUUACCUUCU